AUGGCAUCAAGACGAAGUUCGGCCAGGUUAUCCGGUGGAGGAGAAGCGUUGACGGAUACUAGGAAUGGGGUCACGGGUUCUUGGGUUAAUGGAGUGGCGAGGAAGAGGGAUGAAGUUUUUGGUAUGGGAAUCAUUGGACCUGAGAGUAAGAAAAGGAAAAAGGAAGUGAAAAAAGUCUUCAAACCUCAACCUGUUCCUCAACAAAAUUCAUCAGAUACACCACCGGAAGAAAUCAUAAAUUUACCUCCACCACCUUCAGAGAAGAAAAUUGCCAGACGUCGGGAAUCCACACGAGCGAUAAGAGAAAGAUCACCUCUCUCCCCCGAUUUGAAAAAGCAACGUACAGGUCUUAAACAACGUUCAAAACUUCCAGAAUUAUCACAAUCAUCAAAAACUCAUUCACAACCUAUCGAUUUCCUUGAAUUCUCAGCACCUUCAAGACCAAGAGCGUCAAUGCCACGUCCUUCUUCUCCACCUCGACGUACUUUUUUAUCUUCUUCAAUAUCAAAACCUUCAUCUACUUCUUCAACUCAACCGUCUAUCAUCGUUGGAAACAUGGCCCCUCCACCACCACCUCCAACUGGUGGAUUCAUAAGGAAAACACGUAAAUCAAUGAUGGGUACAAGAGAUCUUACAUCAGAAGCUUUGGUACCCGUACCAGAUAGUGAAACACCUAUGAUAAAGAAAAAUCGAGAAAUACGAGAAGCUCAAGCUAGAAGGAGUAGUAUGGGUAUGAGAGGUCAAAGAGCGAGUUCAAGUUUAGGUAGAGGUGAUAUCUCUAUCCCACAUCAUUCUGUUGAAAGUUCAAAUUUAUAUAAACAUAUAAGUACGACGCUUCCUGAACCUAUACGAGCAAGACAUCUUUUAGUUUAUUGUUCAAAAAGAGCAACGGAUGAUGAGUUGGAAAAGAAGGGGAAAGGGAAACAGCGAGAUAUGGGAACGGAAGAAGGUGAUAAGUUGGUGAGGGAGAUAAUGGAAGAGUUCAUGAUGACUUUGGGUAAGGGUGGAAUUGAUACGAAUGUUUUUGCGGGGGCUGGAGGAUCAACUUCGGUACCACUCCGACCUCAUCCGCGAAAUAACAGUAAUAAAGAGGUAGAAGCAAAGAUGAAUUCUGUGAUUAAGCGAUGUAAGGAAGAAGAUCGACUAUGGUCUAGACUAAUUCAUCUUGCCAAUGAAAAACAAGCUAAAGUGGUCAAAGAGAUCAAUUCAAAAUUGCCCAACCCCGAACCGUCGUUUACAAACUUGUCUAUUGGAGAUGAAUGGAUGUCAAGGGCUUUAACUUUGGCAGAGGAGGUGAUCAAUGAGGGUGAAGGGAAUAUAGAAGGGUUGGGUGAUUUCGGAGAGGUGGAGUUUAAAGUCGACAACCUCCAUCAUCUCACACAUACAUCAUUACAAUAUUCCCUCCAAGCCACUCGAUUCUUAGAUGGGAUCUUCUCUUCACUCAUUUCAGACUUACAAACUUCUCCUUCGCAAACAUCUCAUCAAACGCACGAUCCGUCAGACACUUUAGAUCCUCUCUCGCUCGUCUCCGUUCCAUCGGGAUCAAGAAAGAAAGAAGAUACGAUGGUCAUGUUGAGGACUUUGGCAAGUAUCGAAGGAGGUCAAAGUACUUUUGUCUCUGACUCUGCCCCCGCUUCAGGAUCAGGAACGGGCUCAGGAUCUGGAGUAGGUAUAGGUGUAGGCUCAGGAUUGAAUAAUUCUACCAAUGGAGCAAGAAUAGGUAUGACCCCAAGACGAAUGGGUACGACACCAAGAAGAGGAAGAUGA